AUAUGGUUAAUUUUGCAGGGCCGGCCUUUUUUGUGUUCGAUGUUCCGUAGGAAUAACAACAGCCUCGGCGAUCCUAAACAGUUCCUUCUACUCUUUCUCUAGAAAGCUGGAUGGAGUCAUCGUCUUCACGAAGAUCACUACAAAACACACACACAUAUAAACAAUCACAAAAAUUUGUAUCGAAGCGAAUCGCGCAAGCAAUUCGGGGGAAAUCCUGCCCGAUAUGCUUGAGACACAUCGACGAUCGCAAAGCCUCAGUGAUCACAGUGUGUAUGCACGCAUUUUGUAUUGAUUGCAUUCGCAAGUGGAGCGAUUUGAAGAGAAAGUGCCCCUUAUGCAACGCAGAGUUCGAUUCAUGGUUCUUCAAAAUCAACCUUUCAUCUCGAACAUUCCAGAAAGAGCAAUUACCUGCUCUCAACGAGGGUAAAAAUGUCAAUUUGCGAUAUGAACGGAACAGACGGAGAGAACCCCUUGCAGAGCAACGUACGUUUUUUAGGUUAAUUCGAAGAUCAAGGGAAGAAUUUAGUACUGGUAGCUGGCGGACAAGGCCUUGUCCGAGGCGGCGAUCAUUUGGACGGUCAGGAUCUGUGCCUCCUGAUGUUGGUGCAGAAAGAGUUCUUCAGUGGCGCGCCAGCAUAUAUGAGCGGCAUUUGCAGGCUGUUCCUUUUUCUUCCAGCUAUCGGCUUGGUCAGAAUAUAGCUGGAAAUAAUGGCGUCAAAGAAAGAAUAUUUGAAAGAAUAGAACCAUGGAUACGAAGGGAGCUGCAGGCCCUCCUUAGGGACACAGAUUCAUCUGUUAUUGUUCAUGUGGCAGCCUCUCUUUUUAUCUCAAGCCUGGAAAAACGUCAAUGCCUUCCAGAGGAAUCUGGAGUUGAUGAUAACUUUCUUUCACCUUUGCAACCUUUUUUGCAUGAACGGACCAAUAUGUUUUGGCAUGAACUUAGAUGUUUUGCAGAAAGCCCAUUUACCAUGGAAACAUAUGACACGGUGGUUGAAUAUAGAGUUUGAGAUUUAGCUCAGAAGCAACUGACAUCUGUUGAUUCAUUGCAAUGGGAGAUGCUACAUUAGCAUAGUAGGCUAGUUAAGGGCUAAUUUGCCUUAGAAUUUGCAAAUGAGGGGAGUUUGUCUGUAUUCUUAAAGCUUGAUUUGACUAUGUUAUCUAGCUUGGCUUAACCAUGGGCAAGGAGCCAAAUUUCAUGAUGCCUUAUUAUCUAUCAGAGAUCAAAUUUCUAUGCCAGCAACUGAGACAGCGCCCAAGAUCAUGGUUCAAACUGAAAUUUGAUGGAUACUGGGAAAGAGAAAGAAAGGAGAAGAUGGCAGUUUUCUUACUCAAGAUAACAGGAGAUGAUCCUCGUUUAUCAGGGUCUAUUUCAGCAUUGUGCAGUGUCAGAAUGGGAGGAAUUGGCAGCUGACUGGGGACUACAUUGGUCCAUCCAAAAGAGUUACAUGAUCAGAAAUCGGAGAUCCUAUAUUUAGUGUUUGGAAGCAAAUCUCAAAAGAGUGACUUCUAAAGUCUUGUGGUCUCUAAAUUGAUUUCAGAUGCUUUACCUCAGAUCCUUUUGAAGACGAAACUGAUAAAAUUGUGGAAUAAAUUCUAGUGAGUAUACUUUGUAUGGAUGUCCUAGUGGAAGCAAGUCAUGGAAGAAUGAUUUAAAAUGGCGAUUUGAUUGUUCCAUUAAGAUUUUCAUCAAAUGAUAUAGGGCCUAUGUGGAGCGGCUUUUCAAACAUUGCUUUUGGCUUUUAGAAAUCAAAAGUCAUUUGUGCAGGUGUUUGGAUUGCUCAGUUGAAGAGCUUUUGUCCUUUUAAAGCUCUUCUAGCCCAAAGCUGGUACGGACCAGCUUUCAGAAAACGCUCUUCCCGUCAAAACACAGGAAGCUGUUUUUGUAUUUAGUGAAAGUCUUAUAAUCCCAACCAUGACCUUAUUCAUAGAUUAAACAAACGUUUUUUCCAAGCAUGUCCCAACCAAAACCCCUAGGCCCCCUACCAUUUCACGAUCUUCAGUUGCUAACGUUUUUUUUCCGGCGAUUUAUCUCAAUUUUCAGCUCCCAAAGAUUUCUCUGACGAAGGCAAUGAUGCUCAAAUCCUACAACAUAGAGCCACCGGACACCUCCAGGAAUAAACGAUUCAAGCUUGAAAUUACAAAUUCCUUUGAGGAAUUGGUGGACUGGUUUAGUUCGAAGUUCCAUCAGAAAACUAAGAAGAACAUAAUUUGCCAGCAAGUCUUUGGAUGAGCAUAUAUGUCCCUUCAAGAUCUGCAAGAAAAGUCGGACAUGGGAGAAGUACUACAGGAGCUGAAAUCCACUUGUGAAAGAAGAAGAAAAAUCUGACAACUAUAAAGAUUUGUCUUGGCUGGACCUGAUGAAUUUGAGUGAUGAUGAAAUCCCAUUUGUGUAUUUUGAUUAAACUGUAAAUCAGGGAGUCCUUGAUCUCCAUUCGCAUGUGUAUGACCUUGGCUGAGAAACAUCUGACAUGAUGAGAUUGUAUUCAAUUUUGCUGAUAUAUAAAUUGUAUACUUUUUGGAGAAACCA